CUGGCAACAUAGUCGUACUGGACCAGUGCCACAUUGCAAUCAGAUAUUGUACUUUUUAUCGCUUUCCCAUUACCUCAUCUUCUUCGCCUCCAUUUUCUUUCAUUCAACGGCAUCACUCUGAAGUUUGCCGGAAUAUCUUCCACCGAUCGGUGUCCGGAAGAAGAUUUAGUUUACAGGGAGGAUUAAGAGAAAUCGUAGUUACAAAUAUUGUUAACCAUGGGAGAAGAAAUGAAGCUCACCGACUAUGAUUCUAGUGGUGGUGACGAUGAAAGACUUCUCUGGGAGAUUGGACUUCCCGACGCCGAUGAUCUCACACCGUUGAAUCUACAGUUAAUUCCGGCGGAACUCGCUGCUGCGUUCAGAAUCUCGCCGGAAUUGUCAAAGACGAUGACCGAUGUAAAUCGUGCUUCGCAGAAUACGUUUUCGUCUCUCCAGAGAUGGCACUCACAGGAUAUGGAUUCAAUGAAUAACUCCAAUUUCAAGCCGUUCAGCUAUGAGAGGACUAGAGAAGAUACCGUUACUGAAAGAGAUGAAACGGAUCUGACGAGAGAGGGAUCCGACCCGAGGAAGCUUCGUCGGGUUGAAUCCGGAGGCACUGAAGAGGCUGAUUCAUCUCAGUGUAACGAGAAUUUGGGGGAUGAUUCCUCCGCGAAGACUCUGAAGCGGCCCAGGCUUGUUUGGACGCCGCAGUUACACAAGCGUUUUAUUGAAGUGGUGGCGCACUUAGGUAUCAAAGGAGCUGUUCCGAAGACAAUUAUGCAGCUUAUGAAUGUGGAAGGAUUGACGAGAGAAAACGUAGCAAGUCAUUUACAGAAGUAUAGAUUGUAUACGAAGAGAAUGCAGCCAAAUGAGGGGCCUUCUUCGUCUGAUCAUUUGUUUACUUCCACACCUGCGCCAGAGAGUAUGCGUGAGUCCGGUGAGAGUGGUCACCUGCGGAAUACUAAUGGCCACAUGGCAACGCUAGCUCUGAUGACGUACCAACCACAAAUGGUGCCGAUGCCAAUGAUGGGAAUGCCAAACGGAGGACAUAUAGGCAUGCCCGUUGGUUACGGGGGUGGACCGCCAGUUGGGUUUCAUCAUCGGUAUCAUAUGGCGCAACAGAGGGACUGGUCUGGAAAUAAUUUUGGUUACUAUCAUCCUGUUGCUUCGAAUGAUAAGUAGCUCUAGAAGCUGGGACCUGCAAGAUGUCAUUUGAUCAUGGCAGAUAUCAUGAGUUGUUCUCUGGUAAAAUAUGGGGCAAAUUUGAGUUAGACAGAAGAAAGGCAGUUGGUUCAAUCUAUACUUGCGAUGCAUGUUAGUGGUCUUUUUCCUGAAGUAUCGUCCAGCAGCAACAAAUUGUUUGUAGUAUAACAUCAACCUGUCCUUUGAAGGAUACAUGGCGUAACGUUUUUCUAGUAAUGGGUGUGUUGAACCUUCUAUUUCCGCAAUGAUCCAGACUCAGUAAUAUAAAACGUUGUCAGCAGCCCCUACAUAUUGGGUAUUUGAAACUUCAUACUUCUUUCCCUA